GGAUUCUAAUAAUCUACACCUGAGUACAAAUUAAAACAGUUGUAAAAUAUUUGGCGUUUUCACUUUUGUUUUCUGCUUAUUUCAAUCUCUGAAUCUCACACACAAGACGUAAAGAGAAGAUGAAGAUGGAAGCUUCAGUUUCAGCAGUGGAGAAAAUAAUCGGUUACACUUUUCAAAACAAGAAGCUUCUAGAACAAGCCCUAACCCAUACUUCUUACCCUGAAGCCGUUUCAUACGAGCGUCUCGAGUUCGUCGGCGACGCCGUAUUAGGUCUCGCGAUCAGCAAUCACCUCUUCCUCGCUUACUCCUCCGUUGAUCCUGGUACACUCUCCCUCCUCCGUGCCGCUAAUGUUAGCACCGAGAAACUCGCUCGCGCUGCCGUUCGUAAUGGUCUGCACCGUUACGUACGUCACAAUACAUUUUCAAUUGUUGAUAUGAUUAACGAGUUUGUUGAAGCGGUUGAUUGUGAGGAUGACUGUGUUGUUGUUAAGUAUGGUGGAUCGGUGAAAGCUCCGAAGAUUCUUGCUGAUAUUGUCGAGUCUAUUGCUGCUGCUGUUUAUGUUGAUGUUGGUUUUGAUCUUAAAAAAUUAUGGGUGAUAAUACGAGGUGUUUUGGAGCCGAUAGUUACAUUGCAAGAUCUGGAACAAAAACCGCAACCGGUGACAAUGCUUUACGAGAUCUGCCAAAAGAAUGGUAAAAAAGUUGACAUAGAACAACAGAGAAAUGGUGCCAAAAGCACGGCCAAUGUCUAUGUUGACGGAGAGUUGGUUGCAUCCGCUUCCUCAGAUCAAAAGGAUAUUGCAAGGCUUGAAGCUGCCAAGGCUGCCUUGCAUAAACUAGAACGCUUACUGCCUGCCACUACCAUGAUACGUGACUGUUAUGUCGGCAUUGAUGGUACCUUUGAAGUUGAAGCUGCAAAGCAGAAGUUAUAUGCAAUUUGUGGGAUAAAAAAGUGGCCUAAACCAGUAUACAGCAUUGUGAAAGAUGAAGGUACUCCUCAAGAUAAGAAAUUUGUCACUGCUGUACAAAUAGCUACUCCAUCUGCCACACUCCAAAUGUCUGGAGACGAGAAAUCUCGGGUGAAGGAUGCAGAGAACUCUGCAGCUUCUUUGAUGAUUCGGGCCUUACAACAACACAAGUAUGUGUGACAAUUGUGGCCUCCCGAAGUACUGGUUGUAAGUCUAUGUUAGUUUUUGAUUUGUGAGAAAUAGAUACCUGAGUGUAGUUGUAAUUGUAGUCUAUGUAUAGUAAAAUUUGAUUUUGAAUUAUUUAAUUUUAUAAAAUUGAUUUUAUUUAUAAGAAAUGAAUAUAAUUUUUUGUGUUUGGAUCCA